GUGUCGCGCCGGAAGCGGUAAACGAACCGCCAUGGCAGGCACAUAAUCACUCGGCACGGGGCGGUAUUUGUGUCCCUUGGCUCUCGCGCUGGCCUACUCCUCGUCGCUCUAAUCGCGCAACAAGCUUCACCUCCAAACCUUGAAUGGUCCUCAUCGACACAACCAACUACGCAUGUGAGCCCUGCAUCCGCGGCCACCGCGCCUCGAGCUGCACGCACGAAUCCCGGCCUCUCGUCGAAGUUGCGCCUAGGGGUCGCCCGCAGACGCAGUGCGGGCACUGCAAGGAACUGCGGCGGGUCAAGCAGGUGCAUAUAACGUGCACGUGCGGCGCGGGAGGCUGCGGUAGCAAGGGGAAAGGCAGAGGCAAAGGCAAGGCUGCAGACCCGGAUGCUAAGCCAGCAUGCAUGUGCAGCUUCUCGCUCGAGUGCACAUGCUGGACACCCCGCGCCCGGCCGAAAGCCAAAGCCACGCCCAAUCUCCGCUCCCCAGCCUCCUCCUCCCCCUCACCUACAUUGACAUCUUCCAUUACCAUAUCCGGCCCCCCUGCGUCGCCGCCGUCAAGUGACACCUCGGACGAGCCGGACCCCGACCGGGAAUGGUUCGCGGCUAUCCUCCGGGGGGACGAAGAGCCGUACGCCGAGCUGCUUGAGCUUGCGGUGCGGGCGGCGGCGGCGCAGGGUGUGCCUGUGCCGGUCUAGAGGCCGGGCAGCCCAAGCGAUCCCGACGAGACUGGAUUCGGCUUUUAUUUCAUUGUCAUACUUUGUAAUGUUCAGUUAGGAUAUUCUUCGUGGUUCUGUAGGGAUAAGCAGCUGGCCUCUCAUUUUUUGUGGGGGGCUGAGGGUUAUUCAGGGCGAGAAGCGGGAGACGACCCUAAUUCCAAUGGCAUUCUAAGUAGAACCGUGAGAGUGCG